AAGUAAAUAUGGUAUUCAAUGUACUGAUAGCAUCGUCUGUGAUCAAAACGGCCACCGUCGUUGGUUCUAGUCUGUGGCUCAUCCCAUUUCUUUUGGGAGCCAUCUCCUACUAUCGCUACGAUCGCGUCGAUCCGGAGUCGCGCGUCAUCAAUCAGGAAGCGUUACUGCCGGAGUAUGAUUUCGUCGUCGUUGGUGGUGGCUCAGCCGGUGCCGUCGUUGCAAACCGGCUAACAGAGAUCCACCGGUGGAAGGUGUUGCUGCUGGAGGCCGGACCGGAUGAGAAUGAAAUUUCCGAUGUGCCGUCGUUAGCGGCGUACCUGCAGCUCAGCAAGCUCGACUGGGCGUACAAGACAGAACCUACGAACAAAGCGUGCCUAGGCAUGGUGAACAAUCGCUGUAACUGGCCGCGUGGCAAGGUGCUUGGCGGCUCUUCAGUGCUUAACUACAUGAUCUACGUGCGUGGCAAUCGGAACGACUUCAACCAUUGGGAAUCGUUAGGCAAUCCUGGCUGGGCGUAUGAUGAUGUGCUACAGUUUUUUGUCAAAUCCGAAGACAACCGAAAUCCGUAUCUUGCUCGCAACCCGUACCACGGACAGGGUGGAUUUUUGACCGUGCAAGAAGCUCCCUGGCAUACACCGUUAGUAGCCGCGUUUGUGGAAGCUGGUACAGAGAUCGGAUACGAAAAUCGAGAUAUCAACGGAGAGCGGCAGACGGGAUUUAUGAUAGCACAGGGCACUAUUCGACGAGGUAGUCGCUGUUCGACCGCAAAAGCUUUCCUACGACCCAUUCGACUUCGCAAAAAUCUGCACAUCGCAAUGAACGCACACGUCACGAAGCUUGUCAUCGAUCCAGAAACAAAACACGCGGUCGGUGUGGAGUUCAUUCGUGGUGGCAAGCGGCACCAUGUGCGUGCUCGGAAGGAAAUCAUUAUGUCGGCUGGGUCGAUCAACACACCACAGAUACUGAUGCUUUCCGGCAUUGGACCUCGGGCACAUCUGGACGAUGUGGGCAUUACGACCAUCCAAGAUUUGCCUGUUGGCGAAAACCUACAAGAUCACGUUGGCAUGGGAGGAUUAACGUUUCUGGUGGACAAACCUGUAGCGAUUCUGCAGAACCGUCUCGAAGCGGGUUCCGUAACGAUGAACUAUGUGAUUAACGAGCGUGGUCCAAUGACCAUACUGGGUGGGCUGGAGGGCAUCGCUUUCGUUAAUACGCCCUUCGCUAACGUCACCGAUGACUGGCCGGACGUUCAGUUCCACAUGGCGCCGGCUUCCCUCAACUCGGAUGGUGGCGCUCGAGUCAAAAAAAUCCUUGGUCUACGCGAGGAUCUUUACAAAGAAGUAUUUCACCCGAUCGAAGAUACGUACAGCUGGACAAUCAUGCCACUGCUGUUGCGACCAAAGUCCCGUGGCUGGGUUCGCCUCAAGUCAAAGAACCCUUUCCACUAUCCGCUCAUGAAUCCGAACUACUUCGAGGAUCCUUUCGAUGCAGCCACGCUCGUCGAAGGUGCAAAGAUAGCGCUCCGUGUCGGUGAAGCUAAAGUGUUCAAACAGUUUGGCAAUAGAUUGUAUCGUAAACCGCUACCGAAUUGUAAGCAGUUUAAAUUCCUAUCAGACGAAUAUCUCGACUGUCAGGUGCGUACGAUAUCGAUGACCAUCUACCAUCCAGUUGGUACGGCCAAAAUGGGACCGCACUGGGAUCCCGGUGCGGUAGUGGACCCAAGAUUACGGGUAUACGGCAUAUCCGGGUUGAGGGUGAUCGACGCCAGCAUCAUGCCGACCAUCGUCAGCGGUAACACGAACGCGGCCGUUAUCAUGAUAGGUGAGAAGGGUGCACACAUGAUCAAAGAAGACUGGCUAGGGCACGAUCGAUGAGAUACCGCGCAUCUUCAGCUGUAACUAGUAAACAACCCUGUGCCAUUCCAAAGUCCGGAGCAAAUUUUCUAGCCAGCACAACCGUAAACCCC